UUUGUAUAUUUAUUGCUGACCAGGGCUUAAAUCUGAGAAAAUUUUGAAUUGUUUGGAAUUAAAAUCUUUUGUACAUUAUCUAUCACUUUUGAUUGCUAAUAUCAUCAUCAUCUGACUCUUCCCCCGCCCCCAAAACCUUUUUUUUCUAUUUUAUUUAUUUAUUUUUAUCUCCAUAUCAAUUCUCUGCUACGCUCUGCUUUCAAAAUUGCCACUGCAACUCGGCAACAGCUCAUUUUGGAUUGAGUGAUAUGGGAAGAAAAUAAAAAGAAAAGAAAAGCAUUUCUCUUAGUGCAUAUCACUUAUUCUGUAAAGGGGAGAGAAAUGGGGUGAAAUGGGAAGAAACGGAGAACUCAUUUCUCUUAUAAUGGACCUGAAUAGUUGCAAUUUCAUUUCCCGAAACGUUCCUACCUCUCAUUUUAAUCAAAUCCGAGCUUCGACCUAGUCUUUCAUCUAUGGAGAACUCCAUCUUCAUAUUUUGCUGUUCUCUUUGUCUAUAUAUUUGAGAUCAUGGCCGAGGGCAAGCAAGUUUUCGAAGAUCCUGACUCCUAUGGUGGUGAAGAAGUGAAGAGUGUCAUUCAGAAGAAGCAUAAUAAAAUCUCGAUGGAAGCACUCAUUUUGCUUUCUGAUAAUGAGGAGAGCCAUAGAUAUGCCCUAGGUCCAACUUUCAUGCAUGAAUAUACAAUGCGUCUUCAAAAUUACUAUCCUGGCAUGGGCGGUAAAUUUCUCUUUCAUGAUUUUGCUCUAGACUGGUCCAAGUGGCAUCUCUCAAACCCUGUUGAAAACUGGCCAAUCCCUAAUGAGAACUGGACAAAUUGGGUUGAUAGGGUGGCCGAUGCAAAAGGAGACUUAUGGAAAGAGAUAGGCAUUUAUGACGCUAUAAUGCUAAGCAAAAUUAGAAUUGAAAUAGAUAAACACCUAUUCUUUGCUGCUCUCUUUUUCUGGUCGGUUCCCGCCAACUCAUUUCAUCUUAACUGCGGGAUGAUGAGUCCCACCAUCUUGGACAUAGCUGCACUAACAGGCCUUCGUCUACAUGGGGAAGAGGUUAGUGCUGUUUUUUCCACUGCCAAAUCCCCGUGCCCUAUCAGUUAUUCUAAGACAAUGACUGCUUAUGACAAGUUCAUAGACCUCAGCAUUGACCCAAAUGGUGUGACUGAAGACGAACAUGUCAGGUUCCUAGUUAUGUGGUUGAAUAAGUUCCUUUUCUGCAAUGCUUCUCAUAAAAUCACUAAGGAUUAUACUGAGCUGGCCAUAGCCCUGGCUGCUGGUAGAAAACUUGCCUUAGCUCCUCUGGUUUUGUUCCAUCUUUAUAGGGUUCUAGCGGAGUUUCUGAACCGAAAAUUCUUGAACACCGAUGGGCCCUUUUGGCUGCUCCAUCUCUGGCUGCAGGCCUACUUUCCAGAGAUUGGCCCAAUCAUAGUUCCAUGGAAUGAUGCUCCUACUUAUGGCUUUAUAUAUGCACUAUCAACUCCACGGCCUAAGACUUUUGAAGAGUGUUUCACUUUCUUCUACUCCGAAUGUGUCUCUAGGACCCCUAUUCAAUAUACUCCAUUCAGUUCUAGGACCAGGGGCCCUGAUUGGUUCCUUGCCAGACCGGGGUUAGCUCCCCCUGAAGCUUGGGAAGAACAUACUGAACUUUGGGCAAGUUACCUUAUUGCUAGGGAAUACACUUCAACUUGGUUGUUGAUAAUACAUUUACCUAAGUGCGGAGUUGAGUACUAUGCCCCAAAUCAGCUAGCUCGGCAGUUCGGACUGACUCAAUUUAUCCCCAUUCCACCAUAUCAAUUGGUCAACAGGCUCCUUGUACGCAGAGAAAAGUUUACCACCAUUGAAGAAGUCGAAGGAAUCAGUGAUCAAUUCAAAACUCUGAAGAAGAAGUUCAGAAUGGAGGCCUUUCUGGAAGCUCCUCAGUCUUCCUUGUAUUUUGAUUUAUGGUGGACACCCUACAUUACCAAACUCAAGGCUGAGAAGAUUGAGGAUGUUCUUAAGAGGAUUUCUCCUAUUUCCAUCCCUCCAACUGCUUCUCUGAAAUUGGGUGAGGGAUUGAUUACUUCUAAUCCCAGACCUGCUCAAAUUGCUGGAAAGAAGAAAAGGAGAAGCAAACCUCUACUGAAAGAUACCAUCUCCACCAAGAUCCUGAAAAUUAAGUCUGUGGAGAUCAAUGAUGAUUCACAUGACCUCCAGAAGGUUGUCCUUCCAAAGGAACUGCAGCCACAGAAGAAGAGUGUUAAGGUAAAGACCAAAAGAGACCCAUCAGUCAAGGUGCUAACCUGGAUUCCUUCAUUCCAAUCUACAUAUAGUGUUGCUAUCGAAAAUUCAUCAACUAAGGAUGAUGAAACAACUACUACCCUCCAUGCCAAGACUUCGGCAAUUGGAGCUGAAACCACAGAACCAGUGGAACAAACCAAUUACUCAGUCAUGGUGUUUUCCUCCCUUCUCUCCAACAAGGUCCCAUGUCCUAUUAGCAAAGAUGCUAUCGAGAGUUCCAGUCCUGAGAUUUCAAAAGAGCAAGUAAAAGAAUCUGCUGAGCUGGAGGUUAAGGUUAAUCCUGAAAGGUCAGGAGCUUCCACUGUCCAGCCUGAGGCUCUUGCUUGCACCAUUUCAGUCUCUCAACCAAGUUCUAAAGCCAUUGAAAAAGCAAAUGAGAUCUCUAAGAAUAUUCUCCUAACUCCAUUCAAGGAUUUAGUACACCCUGACCGAUGUAUUGAGCUAGAAUUGGUCCUUUCUACACUGCUUUGGGCCUCUGGUUUUAAUCCAGAGCAAUACGAGGCCUUGAGAAGGUUCAAGGAAGAAUUCCCAGUCCUUACAGUUGACUACGAAGUCUCCAAGGCCACUCAAGAGAACAGUGAGGGCAAGCUCAAUGCCAUUGAAAUUUUAUCGACUGAGCUGGUGGAGGGAUUGGUUAACUAUAAGAAGAUGAGGACCAGUAAGCAGAAUUUAAAGGAGGAGCAAGAUACCGAGGCUGAGAUUCUUCAGCUGAAGAUAAGGUUGGCUAAAGUGGUCAAAGAGGAGGAGGAACUGGAAAAGAAGAUGCAGGAGCUAACUGAGAUCACCUGUGCCAAAAAUAUUCAACAUGAAAAAGCCAAGGUUGAGGUCACUGCUCUAAUGGUCUGGAAAAGGAGAGCGGAAUGGUUUCUAGCUUGAGCUGAAAAAACAUGGGCCGAAUUCAAGGCCAUGUUUUCUUGACAAUAGCCCACCUUGUAUUUGCAGAUAUUAUUUGCAGCUAUAUUUUGAAUUGUCUUUCAUCAAUUUUACUAACCA